UCAAAGAGGCACACACUGAAUUAGCAUGGAGUGUUAUAAAAGGCUUGGAGUGCAAGCUCAUGUUGGUCUUAACAAGAAGAGAAGGCUUCAAUGGAUUCUCUUGUGGUCCUUGUGCUCUGUCUGUCCUGUUUGCUUCUCCUUUCACUCUGGAGACAGAGAUCUGGAAAAGGAAAACUCCCUCCUGGCCCCACUCCUCUCCCAGUCAUUGGAAAUAUCCUAAAGAUAGGUAUUAAGGAUGUCAGCAAAUCCUUAACCAAUCUCUCAAAAGUCUAUGGCCCUGUGUUCACUCUGUAUUUUGGCCUGGAACGCAUGGUGGUGCUGCAUGGAUAUGAAGCGGUGAAGGAAGCCCUGAUUGAUCUUGGAGAGGAGUUUUCUGGAAGAGGCCAUUUCCCACUGUUUGAAAGAGCUAACAGAAGAUUUGGACUUGUUUUCAGCAAUGGAAAGAGAUGGAAGGAGAUCCGGCGUUUCUCCCUCAUGACGCUGCGGAAUUUUGGCAUGGGGAAGAGGAGCAUUGAGGACCGUGUUCAAGAGGAAGCUCGCUGCCUUGUGGAGGAGUUGAGAAAAACCAAGGCCUCACCCUGUGAUCCCACUUUCAUCCUGGGCUGUGCUCCUUGCAAUGUGAUCUGCUCCAUUAUUUUCCAUAAACGUUUUGAUUAUAAAGAUCAGCAAUUUCUUAACUUGAUGGAAAAGUUUAACGAAAACGCCAAGAUUUUGAGCAGCCCCUGGAUCCAGAUCUACAACAAUUUUUCUCCUAUCAUUGAUUAUUUCCCGGGAACUCAUAACAAAUUACUUAAAAACAUUGCUUUUGUGAAAAGUUAUAUUUUGGAGAAAGUAAAAGAACACCAAGAAUCGAUGGACAUGAACAACCCUCGGGACUUUAUUGAUUGCUUCCUGAUCAAAAUGGAGAAGUUUUGGAGUGGAUUUCAUAGAGAAAGACUUUCAUCUGAAGUUGAGUGUUUGUGUGCAGGUGAUGAAGAGUGGGAAAAGCACAACCAACAGUCUGAAUUUAAUAUUGAAAACUUGGAAAACACUGCAGUUGACUUGUUUGCAGCUGGGACAGAGACGACAAGCACAACCCUGAGAUAUGCUCUCCUUCUCCUGCUGAAGCACCCAGAGGUGGCAGUUUUUACUUGUGUCUUGUCAGCUAAAGUCCAGGAAGAGAUUGAACAUGUGAUAGGCAGAAAUCGGAGCCCCUGCAUGCAGGACAGGAGCCACAUGCCCUACACAGAUGCUGUGGUGCACGAGAUCCAGAGAUACAUUGACCUCCUCCCCACCAGCGUGCCCCAUGCAGUGACCUGUGACGUUAAAUUCAGAAACUAUCUGAUUCCCAAAGGUACAACCAUAUUAAUUUCCCUGACUUCUGUGCUACGUGACAACAAAGAAUUUCCCAACCCAGAGAUGUUUGACCCUAGUCACUUUCUGGAUGAAGGUGGCAAUUUUAAGAAAAGUAACUACUUCAUGCCUUUCUCAGCAGGAAAACGGAUUUGUGUGGGAGAAGCCCUGGCCCGCAUGGAGCUGUUUUUAUUCCUGACCUCCAUUUUACAGAACUUCAAUCUGAAAUCUCUGGUUGACUUAAAGGACCUUGACACCACUCCAGUUUUCAAUGGAUUUGUCUCUGUGCCGCCCGUCUACCAGCUGUGCUUCAUCCCUGUCUAAAGAAGAGCAGAUGGUCUGGCAGCUGUUGUGCUGUCCCUGCAGCUCUCUUUCCUCCAGGGCGUUAUCCACCUUUCACUAUCUGCGAUACCUUUUCUGGCCUGUCAUCUCACAUUUUCCUUUCCCUCAAGAUCUAGUGAACAUUCAGCUUCCAUUAAGGAGAAUUUCCUAUGUUUCACUGUGCAAAUAUAUCUGCUAUUCUCCAUACUCUCUAACAGUUGCAUUGACUGUCACAUAAUGCUAAUACUUAUCUAAUGUUGAGUUAUUAAUAUGUUUUCAGUGUUAAAUAGAGAAAGAUGAUUUGUGUAUUAUAAUUCAAAGGCAUUUCUUCUUUGCAUGUUCUAAAUAAAAAAACAUUAUUAUUUGCUGA